AUGAACGUAGCAAGAAUUGGUAUUGGUCAGCUGUGCUCCUCCUCAAAUUUGAAGCAGAAUCUAGAAGUUGUGAAAUCAUUGAUUAAAAAAGCUUUGGAUCAAGACGUUAAAGUCCUAUUCUUUCCAGAAGCAACUGACUACUUAAGCAGAAACGCAGAACAUUCUAAAAAAUUGGCUUCACAAACGCCAGAAUUUAUUUCUGAACUACAAAGUGCAAUAUGUCAAUUGACGAAGGCAGCAGGAAAGCCAAUUGAUAUUUCCAUUGGUAUUCAUAUGCCUCCUUCUGAAGUAAAUACCAAAAAUGGGGAUUCCAGAGUUAAGAAUGUUCUUCUAUACAUCAAUUCAAACGGUGAAAUUCUACAGAAGUAUCAAAAAUUGCAUCUCUUCGAUGUUGAUGUCCCUAAUGGUCCGAUUUUGAAGGAAUCUAACAGCGUUCAGCCUGGUUCCGAAAUUCCAAGCAUAAUUAAUACUCCAGUAGGAAAAUUAGGAAGUUGUAUCUGUUACGAUAUAAGGUUCCCUGAACUUUCUUUGAAAUUACGCUCUAAAGGGGCGCAAAUUCUAUGCUUCCCCAGUGCUUUCACUAUGAAGACAGGCGAAGCCCAUUGGGAGCUGUUGGGUAGAGCAAGAGCGAUUGAUACUCAAAGUUUUGUGGUUAUGCCAGCUCAACAAGGUGAACAUGAUGUCUAUGCUGAUGAGAAACCAUCUGAUGAAUCAGCAGUAAAAAGAAUCUCUUGGGGUCAUUCUAUGAUUAUUGAUCCGUGGGGUAGGAUUUUGUCUGCUGCAGAUCUAACCACGCAUGAUCCCCAGCUCAUAAUCGCUGAUCUCGAUAUUGAAGCACAAGAUAAGAUUAGAAGAGAUAUGCCGUUGUGGGCCCAGCGUAGGAGAGAUAUCUUUGGAGACUUUGUCUGA